UCAUUCAACUCCCCCAGCAGACAGGGCCCCCAAGGGGAAGGGGGAGAGCCUGAGAAUUGCCUGACAGGAGCAGGUCACCAACCAAAGCAAAGGAAGGCUUCCAGAAGAUGUGAUGCUCUCUCCCUUGAGUCCCCUGAGGUCAGUGAAUCUUUGUUGACACUGUUUGCUCUCUCCUGCUCCAGCCUUUGCUCCAUCACCCUGGGGAGGCCCCUCCUCUCUUAGGACUUCUCAACCUGGUCCCUCGUCCCUGUUAUGGCUCUCUAGAUCCUGCGGCUCCAUUGAAAUCUAGUCCAUCGAGGCUCCUGCCAAUGAGUGAGGGACUUAAGCAUCUCUUCAGAACUCUAGCCACCUGCUAAUAAGAACCUGGGCCCCUAUUCGAGCCCCACCAUUCCAUGCAGGAGCACUAAGUGUGAGGCCACAAAGGGAGAGCGGGACACCAUCCAUUCUCUUGGCUAGACCCCUCUGGGGUGGAAUACUCCACACACAACCCCCAGCCAUGGGGGCAGCGAGGAUGUGGGGUACGGCCUUUCACUCCCCGAUGCCCGUGGCUUUCCUUUUUCUGCUUCUGGAGCUGCCAUCCAGCAGGGCUCUGGUCCGGGCAGUGGCCAAUGACAAUGCCAGCGUGGUGGACUUCAGCGAUGCGCCUGCCCUGUUUGGGGCUCCCCUGUCCAAGGAUGGCGUUCGGGGCUACCUGAUCGAGGCCCAGCCACCCAACGCCUGCCAGCCCAUUGAGAGUCCCACGCUAUCCAAUCACUCCUUGGGCUCCAUUGCUCUGGUUCGCCGCUUCGAUUGCACCUUUGACCUCAAGGUCCUCCACGCCCAGCAGGCUGGCUAUAAGGCGGUUAUCGUGCACAACGUCCACUCCAAUGACUUGGUCAACAUGGUGCACGUGUACGAUGACAUCCGACAGCAGAUCGAGAUCCCGUCGGUCUUUGUCAGCGAGGCCACGUCCAAGGACCUCCGGGUCAUCCUGUGCGGCAACAAAGGCGCCCACGUCCUCCUCUUGCCCAACCUUCGCCAGUACCCCGAGGUGGACUGCCAUCCCGCCCUGUCCAUCUCUUGGGUCCUGGGCCGCAUGAUGACUCUGCUCAUAGUCACACUGAUCAUCACUAGGAAGGUCUGGCUCUACUGCUGGCAGUGGCGGGAGCAGAGCAUCGUGACCAAGACCCCCAGCCGGAAGAAGACGCACAUGCGCCCCUUCCCCCGCCAAAAUGACGUCUGUGCCAUCUGCCUCGAUGAAUAUGAGGAAGGGGAUCAGCUGAGGGUCCUCCCUUGUACUCACAUGUACCAUUACAAAUGCAUCAACCCCUGGUUCUCCCAAGCCCUCUGCAGGUCCUGCCCCGUCUGCAAGCAACCUGUGAUCGGUGCUGAGGAAGGCUCUGAUUCCAACCCUGAUAGCCUCAGUGAAGACGAAUCCACCCGGUCACAGCUAAACCAAUGGGCAACAGAAAUGCUGACCCUGGUCCGGCAGGUGACACCUGACACACAUAGCUCCAGUCACAGAGGGGAAGACUCAGAGGCUGAGGGGGAACCCCAGAGGGAGUCCUCCGAACCCUGAGAAGUGCUCCUCUCAGGUCUCCCUGCCCCCAAUUGGCUCUUCCCUCCCUCCUUCCCCCCACCGCCAUUUAUUCUGUUCCCUGCCAGCUGGCUGCACUGGCUGCUCCCUAGGACCUGGCUGAAUAUCACCCUGUACUUGUGUCUGGCACAGUCUGGCUUGCCUUGGUAGAGAAGCCCAGAUGCUGCGGUACCUGUUCGGAAAUGCAAAACUUUAUAGGCUGGAGACAAUAAAAUGCAUUUGGAAUCA